GUGGUGUGAGAAGACACGAGAAGCCCCCCUAUUCCUACAUCGCCCUCAUAGUGAUGGCCAUCCAGAGUUCUCCCUCCAAAAGACUCACCCUCAACGAGAUCUACCAGUAUCUACAGAACAGAUUCCACUUCUUCCGCGGUCAGUACCAGGGAUGGAAGAAUUCCGUCCGGCACAACCUCUCCCUCAACGACUGCUUCAUCAAACUGCCCAAAGGUCUGGGACGUCCGGGUAAAGGACACUAUUGGACAGUGGAUCCGGCCAGCGAGUUCAUGUUCGAGGAGGGGUCUUUCAGGAGGAGGCCGAGGGGUUUUAGGAGGCGAUAUCAUGCCCUCAAACCCUACCUCUAUCAGGCUCGCAACUUCUCAG